GUGCCCGGGCGCCGGGGGCUGAAAUCGACAUUUGCCUGGGGCAGGAAAGUGAGCCGGUCGGAUUCCGUCCCCCUCAGACCCUCCACCCACGGGAGCGGGGGAUUGCCGUAGCGUUUUAACUUUGCAUGUCAGGAACCAGAAAGGAAAAGUCGGUGAAAGGCCGGGAACGCGGCGCACAUCAAGCAGGCGGCCCAGCAGGGAGGCAGGAGCCGGGGACUUCCAGGGUCUUCCAGGGUCUUCCUCGGCUUCCCACCCCCGCCUCCCCGCCUAGGCCCGAGGAGUCACGUGGCGGCGUGGGGCCCGCCUCCGGUGACGUCACCGCGCUCGCAGCCGUCGCGCUGAAGAAAGGAUGCUCUAGGAUGCUGUGCAGGUGGGCGGCGGGGAUGCGCCAUGCGGCACUGCAGGUGUAACUAGCAUGGUCAAUGCCGGAGCGAUGAGCGGCUCUGGAAACCUGAUGGAUUUCCUCGACGAGCCUUUCCCUGAUGUGGGGACGUACGAGGACUUCCACACCAUCGACUGGCUGCGGGAGAAGUCCCGGGACACCGACAGACACAGAAAGAUAACCAGCAAAAGCAAGGAGUCCAUAUGGGAGUUCAUCAAGAGUCUGCUGGAUGCCUGGUCAGGCUGGGUGGUGAUGCUGCUCAUCGGCCUGCUGGCGGGCACCUUGGCCGGAGUCAUCGAUCUCGCCGUGGACUGGAUGACCGACUUGAAGGAGGGGGUCUGCCUGUCCGCCUUCUGGUACAGCCACGAGCAGUGCUGCUGGACUUCCAACGAGACCACUUUUGAGGACAGGGACAAGUGUCCCCUCUGGCAGAAAUGGUCGGAGCUGCUGGUGAAUCAGUCGGAGGGUGCCAGUGCUUACAUUCUGAAUUACCUCAUGUACAUCCUGUGGGCACUGCUGUUUGCCUUUUUGGCCGUCUCCCUGGUGCGCGUGUUUGCGCCAUAUGCCUGUGGCUCCGGUAUACCAGAGAUAAAGACCAUUUUGAGCGGCUUCAUCAUCAGGGGCUACUUGGGGAAGUGGACCCUGCUGAUCAAGACCGUCACCCUGGUGCUGGUGGUGUCCUCCGGUCUGAGCCUGGGCAAGGAAGGGCCGCUGGUGCACGUGGCUUGCUGCUGUGGCAACUUCUUCAGCAGCCUUUUCUCCAAGUACAGCAAGAACGAGGGCAAGAGGCGCGAGGUGCUCUCCGCUGCUGCUGCUGCCGGAGUCUCCGUGGCCUUCGGGGCUCCGAUCGGGGGUGUGCUCUUCAGUCUUGAGGAGGUCAGUUACUACUUCCCCCUGAAGACCUUGUGGAGGUCCUUUUUCGCGGCCCUGGUGGCAGCCUUCACGCUGCGAUCCAUCAAUCCCUUCGGGAACAGCCGCCUUGUCCUCUUCUACGUGGAAUAUCACACGCCCUGGUACAUGGCUGAGCUCUUCCCCUUCAUCCUGCUCGGGGUCUUCGGUGGCCUGUGGGGGACCCUCUUCAUCCGCUGCAACAUCGCCUGGUGCCGGAGGCGCAAAACCACCAGGCUGGGGAAGUACCCGGUGCUGGAGGUCAUCGUGGUGACCGCCAUCACCGCCAUCAUCGCCUACCCCAACCCCUACACGCGCCGGAGCACGAGCGAGCUCAUUUCCGAGCUGUUCAAUGACUGCGGGGCCCUCGAGUCUUCCCAGCUCUGUGACUACAUCAACGACCCCAACAUGACCCGGCCUGUGGAUGACAUCCCGGACCGGCCCGCCGGCGUCGGGGUCUACACGGCCAUGUGGCAGCUGGCCCUGGCGCUGGUCUUCAAGAUCGUCAUCACCAUCUUUACCUUUGGCAUGAAGAUCCCCUCAGGCCUCUUCAUCCCCAGCAUGGCGGUGGGAGCCAUGGCCGGCAGGAUGGUGGGGAUCGGCGUGGAGCAGCUGGCUUACCAUCACCACGACUGGAUCGUCUUCAGGAACUGGUGCAGGCCUGGAGCAGACUGUGUCACCCCCGGACUUUAUGCCAUGGUGGGAGCAGCGGCCUGCCUAGGUGGAGUUACCCGGAUGACGGUGUCAUUGGUGGUCAUCAUGUUCGAAUUAACGGGUGGUCUAGAGUACAUUGUGCCCUUGAUGGCGGCAGCCGUGACCAGCAAAUGGGUGGCCGACGCCUUUGGGAAAGAAGGCAUCUAUGAGGCUCAUAUCCACUUGAACGGGUACCCAUUUCUGGACGUGAAGGACGAGUUCACCCACCGCACGCUGGCUACCGACGUCAUGCGGCCACGGCGGGGCGAGCCGCCUCUGUCUGUGCUCACCCAGGACAGCAUGACCGUGGAGGAUGUGGAGACGCUCAUCAAGGAGACCGACUACAACGGCUUCCCCGUGGUGGUCUCCAGGGACUCCGAGCGCCUCAUUGGAUUUGCGCAGAGGCGGGAGCUGAUCCUCGCAAUAAAGAACGCCAGACAGAGGCAGGAGGGCAUCGUGAGCAACUCCAUCCUGUACUUCACGGAGGAGCCCCCCGAGCUGCCGGCCAACAGCCCGCACCCCCUGAAGCUGCGGCGCGUCCUCAACCUCAGCCCGUUCACGGUCACGGACCACACGCCCAUGGAGACGGUGGUGGACAUCUUCCGGAAGCUGGGGCUCCGGCAGUGCCUGGUGACGCGGAGUGGGAGACUUCUUGGCAUCAUCACGAAAAAGGAUGUCUUGAGACAUAUGGCCCAGAUGGCAAACCAGGACCCUGAAUCCAUCAUGUUUAAUUAGAAACAAGGUGGCAUUUAUUUUCAGAAAAACACAACCGUGUCAUUUUAAAAGAAAUAAACAAAUGAUAUGUUAUUAUCCUAAUGAACGAUUGUGCGCUGGGGGCAGUGGAAACAAAAGCUUUGUUGGAAAGGAAAAAGGAUGAAACCUUUAAAAAAAAAAAAAAAAAAAA